GAUAUCCACAAAACCAUGAAGACAAGAAGGAGAUCUUAUCUCUAUAGUUAUAUAAAAGUCUCAUAACCACAUGUUACUAGCCAUAUUAUUUCCUACUAAUUAAUUUUUUGCACUAAUGGAGAAAGCCUUCAGUUCUUUUCUCUUAACAGUACUCUUGUUUCUUCACUAUGCUAUGGCUAGUUCAGCCAUGACUUAUACCAAUGGUACCACUGAUCAAUUGGCUCUUUUAUCUUUGAAGUCCCAAAUAAUUUCAGGCUCCUUUCACUUCUUGGAUGAAAGUUGGUCUCUAGCUACUUCUGUUUGCCAUUGGGCAGGAGUUACUUGUAUUUCUCGUCACCAGCGAGUGAACUCCUUGAAUCUUUCCAACAUGGCUCUUACAGGCAGAAUUCCUCGCGAUUUUGGAAACCUUACAUUUCUUGUUUCUCUUGACUUGGGAAACAACAAUUUUCAGGGAAAUUUGCCUCAAGAAAUGGCACAUUUGCAUCGGCUUAAUUUUCUUGAUUUAAGUUUAAACAACUUCACAGGGGAAGUUCCUUCUUGGUUUGGGUUCUUACACCAACUUCAAUUUCUAAGUCUUAGGAAUAAUAGUUUCACUGGUCCCAUCUCUUCUUCAUUUUCUAAUAUUUCCACACUCGAGACCUUGAAUCUGAAGUUCAAUUCCAUUGAGGGUCAUAUCCCAAAGGAGAUAGGAAAUUUCAUAAACCUGAGAAUUCUAAGCUUGUCCGGAAACAAUCUCAUAGGGUCUAUUCCUCUGUCCCUCUCGAAUGCCUCAAGGUUGGAGAUUUUAAAUUUAUCUAACAAUUUACUUCAAGGGAACAUUCCAGAAGGGAUCGGCAAUCUUCACAACAUGGACUUGUUGUUGAUAGAAUUUAAUCAGCUUACUGGCUCUAUACCAUUCACAAUUUUCAAUAUUACCAGAAUAGAAGUCAUUGCAUUUACAAAAAAUAGCUUAUCUGGAGAUCUUCCCGAUGGUUUAUGCAAUCGUCUCCCAACGCUCAAAGAGCUUUAUCUAUCAAGAAACAAGCUUCAUGGUCAUAUGCCUACAAGAUUGUCAAAUUGUUCAGAACUUCAACUAUUGAACUUAUCAGAAAAUGAGUUUGAUGGACCAAUACAUAAUGAAAUUGGAAGGUUGAGUAACUUACAUAGAGUAUUUCUCGGAUAUAACCAUUUCACAGGUAUGAUUCCACAAGAAAUAAAGAAUCUUGUUAAUUUGGUGGAGUUAGGCAUGGAGAGCAACCAAAUUACCAGCUCUGUCCCAAUCUCCAUAUUCAAUAUCUCCUCCUUGCAAAAUUUGGUACUGGCGAAGAACAAUCUCAAGGGAUCCCUACCACGGGAAAUAGGCAACUUAACCAAGAUACAAUUUUUAUAUCUUAAUGAAAAUAGGUUUACUGGUGAAAUACCCAAAGAGAUGAGCAGUCUCGUUAAGUUGGAGGAACUAAAUCUCGAGGAAAAUACAUUUUGCGGUACACUUGAUAUGGAGAUCUUCAACAUAUCAGGGCUGAGAACAAUUUCGCUUACCCUCAACAAUCUAUCAGGAACUCUCCCACCAAACAUAGGUUCUAUCUUACCCAACAUCGAAUUUCUUUAUCUGGGUGGCUUAACCAAUCUUGUUGGGACUAUUCCUCAUUCUAUCUGCAAUUGUUCAAAACUUACUCAUCUAUCGCUUGCAUCUAACAAACUGACGGGCUUGAUUCCCAACUCACUUGGAGAUCUUACUCAUCUACAGUUCUUAACCUUGGAGCAGAACAAUUUAACCAGUGACUUAUCAUUAAGCUUCUUGACUUCCUUAACCAAUUGCAGAAAUUUAACAAUUCUUUCUCUCUCUUUGAACCCUCUAAACGGCAUGCUUCCGAUAUCGGCAGGGAAUCUCUCCGGGUCUCUUAUAAAGUUUUAUGCCAGCGGUUGCAAAAUCAAAGGGCGAAUUCCAAAUGAAGUUGGGAACUUAAGCAAUGUAAUAGACCUUGUACUUGGUGAAAAUGACUUGAUUGGAUCAAUUCCCACAUCAACUCAAAACUUAAGAAACCUUCAGCGCCUGUACCUGAAUAAGAACAAAUUUACAGGAUCCAUCGGAGAUAAUCUAUGUAAAUUGCAGUACUUGGGUGUCAUAGACUUGACUAAAAAUCAACUUUCAGGAUCUCUUCCUGAUUGUUUAGGGAACAUUACUUCCCUAAGAGAGAUACAUCUGGGUUAUAAUAAAUUGAGUUCUAAUAUACCAGCAAGUAUAGGGAAUCUUAAAGAUCUAAUAAAGCUUGACUUAUCGCCUAACAACAUGGUUGGCCCUUUACCUCUAGAAAUUGGAAAUCUAAAGGCAGCAACACUGAUGGAUCUGUCAAUGAAUCAAUUCUCAAAUGGAAUUCCUAGAGAAAUUGGAGGAUUGCAAAAUCUAGAGAUCCUUUCUUUGAGACACAACAAAUUGCAAGGAUCUAUACCUGACUCAAUGAGCAAAAUGGUAGGUUUGGAAUUCUUAGACCUUUCUCAUAAUAAUAUAUUGGGAACCAUUCCUAUGUCCUUGGAGAAACUUCAAAACUUGAAGUAUUUUAAUGUUUCUGUCAACAAGUUGUACGGUGAAAUACCCUCAGGGGGUCCUUUCAAGAGCUUCCCGAGUCAAUUUUUUGUCCACAAUGAAGCAUUGUGUGGUUCUUCAAGGUUUAGUGUCCCGCCAUGCCCCACAUCAUCAAAACAUAGAUCAAAUAGGAAAAACAUGCUAGUUCUAUUUCUUAUUCUGGGAAUUGCACUUGUAUUUGUUCCUACUACCCUUGUGUUUGUAUGGAUAAGGUAUAGAAGAGGAAAAAGUGUUCCUCAGCAAGCUGAUUCAUCGUCUAUCGCAACAACAAGAAGAAUUUCAUACUAUGAUCUACUCCAAGCAACUGAUUCGCUUAGCGAGAGUAAUUUGAUUGGUUUUGGAAGUUUGAGCUCUGUUUACAAAGGCAUUCUUAGAAGUGGGACUCCUAUUGCAGUUAAAGUUUUUAAUCAACAACUGGAUGCGACAUUCAAAAGUUUUGAUACCGAAUGUGAACUUCUGCGUAGCCUUCGCCAUAGGAAUCUUGUAAAAGUCAUCACAAGUUGUUCAAGCCUUGAUUUUAAGGCUUUAGUGCUUGAGUAUAUGUCCAACGGGAGUCUUGAGAAGUGUUUGUAUUCACACAACUACUUCUUAGAUAUCAUGCAGAGACUAAGCAUAAUGAUAGAUGUGGCAUGUGCUUUGGAAUAUCUCCAUCAUGGGUGCUCGUUGCCCGUGAUUCACUGUGAUCUGAAACCUAGUAAUGUCUUGCUGGAUGGGGAUAUGGUUGCCCACCUAAGCGACUUUGGUAUUUCAAAACUGCUUGGUGAAGAUGAGAGUAAUUUAUACACCAAAACGUUAGCAACAUUGGGUUAUAUUGCACCGGAGUACGGACUGGAUGGUUUGGUGUCAACAAAGUGUGAUGUCUAUAGUUAUGGGAUCUUGUUGAUGGAAACAUUUACAAGGAGAAAGCCUAAUGAUGAAAUGUUCGAGGGAGAUCUUAGCUUGAAGCAAUGGGUGAGUAAUUCACUCCCAAAAUCAGUAAUGGAUGUCGUAGAUGCUAACUUGACAACACAAAAUGAUAGUUACUUGAAGUUAGAUUGUGUGGCAUCGAUCAUGGAAGUGGCACUAGAUUGUUGUGUUGACUCUCCUACAAGAAGGAAAAACAUGAAAGAUGUCGUAGAAAUGCUACAGAAGAUCAAGAUUCAACUUCAUGCAUGUUGAGAAUGUUCUUGAAAACUCUUUUUCCAAAUCUCUUGUUUGUUGCAAUAAAUUAAUCUUACUAUUUCCUCUUAGUAUUAAUGCCUAGAUGAACUAUAUACUGUUUAUUAAUUAAUGAUAACAAAUCGUCAUGUAAUGAA